AAUCAAGCCUUUAAAUUACUUCUAAAGCUACCAGAUGCCGCAAAUUUCCCCACUCGAGUCUACCCGGCUCUCACUAAAUAUCAGACAUCACCCAACAUGAAGAUCUUUAUUGCCCUCAUUCUACUCAGUAGUUCGUCAGCCAGUAUUGUGAUACAGAUUGGAGAAUUUAAGUUCCCCGUGCAGGAUGUGAUACAGUUGAAACCACUGAUGGACAACAACACAACCAAAUUGCAGUUCUCUUCGUAUACAAGCGUCAUGGAAUUAUGUGGCAACGUUGAUCUCCCACGCAAUUUUAAAGUAAUCUGUACCAAGAAUGAUGCUCCUCAUAUCUUUGACACAUUAAAUCGCAUUGCAACGUACCCCUACCCAUGCAUGAUAUGUGCAUAUGGAUUCUGCACUGGUUGUAACUUAAACUAGACUUGGGAGAAUGUGACAUGUAAAAUACUCUUUAACAUUCGGUUCAUUUGGUGGCAUGAUGAUUCACCACUGGAUUCAAUGAUUUACUAAAGCUGAUAAGGAACAUCUUGUAGUAUCUGUCAUUAAAACAUCUGUACCACUGAACAUUAAAUCUAGCAAUCUAGAAACUUUAACGUAAUAAAUGUGCAUUUUAUUCAAUAUGCUCGUUGGAAAU